AGUCGCUAAUAUUAAAGCACAAUGUCACGUGCUAAAUCGCGCAUACAAACGGAUGUUUGCGGAGACUGUGGGAGUGCGGAUCCUUCCUGGGCAUCGAUCAACCGUGGCAUACUGCUCUGUGCCGACUGCUGUUCGAUCCAUCGCAGCCUCGGGCGUCACAUCUCGCAGGUGAAAUCCCUGCGCCAGGGCAGUUGGCAACCGUCCGUACUGAACUUUGUCAAUCAGCUGAACGCGCACGGUGCGAACAGUGUGUGGGAGCAUCUGCUGCUUGAUUCGGCCGCACCUAAAAGCUUGAAACGUAAACCAACGCCCAAGGAUGCGGUACAUCCGACCAAGGCGGACUUUAUCCGCGCCAAGCACGUGCAGCUUGCGUACGUCCUGAAGCCUACGUUUCAGGUCGAAGAGGGAAGCAGUUUGGAGCUGGAGCUAAGCAAACAGUUGCACGCGAGUGUGCGUGCCGGAAAUUUGGAAACUUCCUUACGAUUGCUCGUACAAGGAGCUGAUCCAAAUUUCUACCACGAAGAUAAAGGCUCGACACCGCUGCACGUGGCAGUAAAAUCGGGUCAACUGUCCCAGAUCGAGCUGCUGCUCGUAUAUGGCGCGGAUGUAAACGCACUGGAUGCGCAAGGCCAAACGCCGCUAGAGCUGGCCAAACAAGCAAAGCACAGCUUGAUUGCGGAACGUUUGCUUGAGGUAAUGUACGAGGUGACCGAUCGGCUUACAUUCUUUCUGAUUGGCAAAAAACCAAACCAUGCGUCCGGACAGCAUCUUCUAAUCCCUGGCCAGUCGAAGAAAGAAAUGAGCGAACAGCUUAAGAUUGCGCGCGGAAAGCUGCAACUCGUCCCGAACCGGAUGUUUGAGGAGCUGGUAAUGGAUCUGUACGAUGAGGUAGAUCGUCGCGAAACGGAAGCCAUAUGGGUCACGAGCGCACUGAAUCCAGACUCCGGUGCAGUGCCGUUUCUUCCCACCAAUCCACAUCUUAGUGCCACAAGAAAUCAGGGACGUCAAAAGUUGGCCCGGUUCAGUCAGCAGGAGUUUGCCGGGUUGCUAAUGGACGUGCUGCUCGAUGCACACCGCCGCCAAAAUAUGGCCAAUCUGCGUCCAAUCGAUGGUCCGCUGCCGGUUGGUUUAGCACAGCUAAAAGCGGCCGUACACGCUCCCGGUACCCUUGCCGGUGGUGGUGGUGGUGGUAUCCGUGAUUCCAAUCUCUCGGACGAUGAGCCACUGUACGAUGCGGUCGCAUCGGACGAUGAUUAUGCUGCGUUGGCGCCGGUAGCGCAACAGGCACUAGUGAACAAAUCAUCACCGGCGGCCGUUUCCAACGUGGAGGUGGAAACGUUACGCCAGCGAGUACAGGAUCAAGAGCUGACCAUACACGAGCUGCGCAGCAUGAUACAAAAAUUGGCCUCGGAAAACAAUCAGCUAAAAUCGACCAUCGACACGAAGGAGCAUGAGGUGCAGCUUCGAAUUGAUUCCCAUCUGAAUGGGUCCGGUGCGAGCGAGGGUUCCCCCGAACGAGACCCCAACACUCAGGAAGCAAGACAGGCAGCUGCCGCGGCUGCUGCUGCUGCUGCAUAUGCAAAACGACCCGUCAGUAUGUACGAAACGCGCCAAACACCACGCGACGAAGGACGGCCACCGAUUACACAAAGUCUCUACUCAAUGGCACCUGCCGCAAGCGGGAACAUGGACCCAUCUGCCACCAGCAACGGUAGUGCAAGCCAACUGCCCUCCUUUGAGGAAGUGAAACGCCGUACGGAUCUAGUGGCCCGUCGCAUAAAGGAUCUGUUUGCCGCCAUGAAGGAUCUAUCGCAGCGUGAAGCGUUCGUGCCGAGCGCGGAACGUAUCAGGCUAGCGGUGAUCGAUCUAAUGGCCCUGUUUCCAGCAUCUCUCUGUGCAAGCGAAUCGCUACGCGGUGCCCUACAGCAGCUCAACUUUCACGGUAACCUUAUCCAGGCGGAAUGUGCCCGGCUGCAGCAAUGUUUGGCGGCCGAAAGUGUGACUCCGGGCGCGGUACCGAAUGGUGGCGGACCGGGUGGUAAACCGUUGGCGGAAAGUAUUCAGCAAUGCAUGGAGCAGGUACGGGGCUGUGCGUACGAUUUGGCAAUGUCGACAAAAAUUCUCAUCACUCACCUGCAACAGUCUUAG